UUGUUAUUCCUUUGCAAGAGAGGACGUUGGUUUUCGGCUGUUUGAAGUUGUUGAACUCUUGCGCAAUUGAGCUCGCUGAACUGCUCUGAAGGCCGUGCUUGUGUGAAGAGACUGUGUUAGUGAAUUGCCCUUUGGCUGUGUCUGUGUGUUGUGUGCUUUCUCUCUCUUUGGGUGUGUGUUUUUCGUUGUUGGUUUGGCUGCUUUGAUACCACUUGUCGUUAGUUGUUGAUUUUGAAGAGACUUGUCAUCUCGGUCACCAGUUGUGCCCUCUGUCACGAUGGUGUCAUCUCAUAUUGCUCAGAGCGUUUCAGACGACUCGUCUGUUACACCUUGUUCCUCGAAUACGACGUCGAGAAGAAGUUCGAGACCAACAUCUCCUUCUGUUGUGCUCAUGAAGGAGCCGAAGGAACCAAGGGAAUCAAGGAAAAGGCACUCGUCCAGGCUGGUGGAUGCUGAACGGAGAAAACAGGAGGCUAAGCUAGAGGAGGAGGAACGGAAACAACAGCAGAAGAAGAGGAAACUGCAGAAAGACAAGGAACUUGUUUUGAAGAAGAAUAAGAACCUCCCUCCUGUAGAUCUCGACACCGCGGACGUUGACAUGCUCUCCACGUUCCCAGCAGGUGUCUCCAAGAAGCCUUCCAAACUGGUCACAAUUGACAAAAGAGGUAAGCUGACCUUCAUCGAGCCUGAAAAUGACGAACCUUUGAUGAGCGUUACAGGACUGCCUUUGGCUGCUCCGCCAAACUCCAAGAUUAAAAAAGAGGCCCUCUGGCCAAGGAAGAAGGCUAAGAAAUCGAAGGCAUCGACGCCGAUCACUGGGGAGGAAGACUCUGAAUCAUCCUCAGUGACUCCGCUAUCACAGGAUGACUACUUGGGAGCCUUGCAAAAUCAGUUGAAGACAAAGAUUAACGAAAGGCUACAGAAACCCAGUCAUAUUCGCUCUUCUUCUAAGCCUGUGGAUAAGAAUGGUGCCGAUAUAUACGGCCGCAAGUUUAGGAGCUUAAGAUCGAAAGAGUCUUCAAAUGACACCAUCGAGAAAACUCCUCAAAGAAAAAGGCACGCACAUUCUCCAAUCACGGGCAAGAAUACCCAACAGAAGAGAAAGAUCAAGAACUCAUCUCCAAAGAAGAGCCGUGAAAAUCCGUUUGGUUAUAAUAACCCUAUGCAACUUGCUGGUUCUAAGAGAGAGAACGCAUUCGACGUUUUAGACCCUACAAAGGACAACGAGGACUUUUGCUCCUCUUGUGGUGAACCUGGGAUAUUUCUCUGUUGUGAGGGCUGUCCUAAAUCUUUCCAUUUUGCAUGUUGUUAUCCUCCGUUUGACGAAUCGAAUCUUCCAGAAGGUGAAUGGUUAUGCACCGAAUGCAAUACGAAGAAGAACCCUCCAAAACCUCAUAAACAGGGGCUGUUUGCGAAAUUGUUGGACCAACUGGAAAGAAGAAAUCCAACACAAUUUAGAUUACCAAGAAGAAUCAGGGAAAGAUUCGAAGGGGUUGUGACGGGUCACUACGGUGAGUACGAAACAACAGAUUACAAACCUUAUAGACCUGCAAAGAUUGGAUCUUUUGAGCAGACGAAUCCUGAAUUACAUUACGAUAAGGACGGUAACGUCUUGGUCUGUGUGAAAUGUGGACUCACGGGUAUUUCUCCAGACAAAACCAUGGGUGACGUUGAUAAACCUAUCAUCAAUUGUGAAUAUUGCCCUUCGACAUGGCAUCUGGAUUGCUUAGAUCCACCUCUAUCCACCGUAAAGCAACUUGGAACGAAAUGGAAAUGCCCCAAUCAUGCUGAUCAUCUAAUGCCAGAGUCUAACAAGAAUCGCCGCUUGAAGAAACCAAAUAUCAUCGACGUUGACCAAGUCCAUGGAUUUAAGAAUGAUGGUAACAUCGAAAUUCUACUCGAGAAAAGUGAUGACGAGGAUGGAAUCUUUCAUCAUAUACCAACUCCACCUUUCUUUGAAAACGAAGACGUCCCCCAUGGAAUAUCAGCCACUCCUAAUAAGACACAGUUGAAGCUUUGGAGGGAUGAAUUUGCUGUACAUAGGGUUCCUGAACGUGGUGUCGUUUUAGAUUUUUUGGGCAAAGUACAAGCCAAUAAAACGCUUGAAAUACAGCAGAUGAUAACUCAUAACCUGAAGAUCAAUAAGGAAAAUAAUGAUCUAUUGAAGAAGUUGGUUACAUCAGAUAAGUACGAAAAGAAAGAAAAGGCCACUAUAAAAUCACUUGUGCAACUAAAAGAGGGAGAAUUGCAAGACCUUGCGAAAAUUGCUACCAAGGAAUUGGCCUCUAAUAGCCUAUCUGAAUUUGAAGUUGAAGAACUUUUAGAGAUCAAGAGGCUUAUAGCAUUAAAGGGUAAAGGGAAGUUAUUGGAGUUUUUAAAGAGUUGAUAUAUUUAUUACUACAAGAAAAAAAACACGAGGGUGAACGAUAAAUAACCAAUAUGCAUUUUACAUCAUCAUU